CUGGGGAACGGGCGAGAGGUGCGGGGCCGAAGGCAGCGCUCCCCGUGAGGCCGAUGGGCUUCGAGGGCGGUCGCGUGCGGGCCCCGUCCCGCUGCUGCUCCUUUGGGUGCUGCGCUGUGCCCGUCCCGGGGCGUUGGGUCUGUGCGCAUCCCCAGCUCUGGGUCAAAGUCCGCGGUUCCUCUGUCGCCCCGGCGGGGCCGGGAGUUUCCGGCAGCCGCGUUCAGCGGGGAUGUGUGACCUCGGGGAUGCUCAGGCGGCAUUUCCUCACGGCAGUGCCCGUGGCCUCCUCAGCCAGCGGCUGGCAGGACAGUUCCUGGUUCGUGCGAGGUCACCGCGGGGGAUGGCACACGGUUCCUUGGCUCUGUCUUUCCUGUCUGCGUCCAGUUCUUUCUAAGAAACUCGAAGCUGGAGCUGCAGGUUCUGCCCAGGCCUCCUGAGCGGGGUAGUGCAUCAGCAUAGAGAAAUUAGUUUCUCUAAUUGGCCGUUUAGAUGCUAAUUUGCUUCUUGGAGCCCUGUGCCAGGUCAGGCUGCUCCAGAACGUGAGUCAAAGAGCUGAGCAGCAUGAAUCAUGCACCAAGCAAAGCACCUGCAGGGCUGAGGCUGGGUGGGUACGGAUGGACCCACAAUGGCAGACCCACCUGGCUGCCCUCCUCUGCACUGCAGGUUGCAGGGUGAGUGGAUCUGCUUGGGCAGAGCCCGCUCCUUUGUGGCUCACCAUAUAUCAAGCAGCCACGUUAAUGGGUGCCUCUCAUUAAUACAGGCUCGUUGCUACCGUGUGCCGGUUUUCCUGUAGAGCUGAUUUUAUCUUCCCCCUCCCAGGACUGGCAUAGACCUGCAGGGCAUUUUGCUUUGUAAUGUCUUUAAUAAGCGCUGUCUUAAUGUAGUUGGGCUUCUGCCAUUGCUGCUGUGCCUGGGGAGCAGCUGGGAACCUUCUGUUUUAUUCCCCACGUGCUCUGUUUGGAGGUGUCCUAGAGCCGAGGGGUUGUGGCACUGAGGAUGUGAUCAGUGGGCAUGGUGGGGAGUUGGACUCGAGGGUCUGAGGGGUCUUUUCCAGCCUUAAUGAUUCCAUGGUUCUGUGAUUGUAUGAGCAGCAAAGCCCUGAUUGAGGCUGGUGCUUGUCUGGGCACAGUCACACCGCUCAUUGCCUUCAAACAGCCUCAUGUCCUGCACCGAUGGAGCCUGGUGCCCUUAUCUCCCUCAUUUCUCCUCUGUCAUAGCAACGGGAACAAAUGCUCACUCAGUUGCUAAGGUUAUGGGGAUAAUGGGGCCUGGUGCCGGAGCAGAGAGUAAUUACAACACGUCUUUGGGGGAGUGGCUGGAAGGGAUGUGGGGCUGGGGUGGCACUGAUGUGUGAGGUGGUCCUGGCAGAAGCCAUGAGUUGGAGCAGGAGAGGUAAUUACAGCAGCUGGGGAGCAGGAGCUCAGCUCUGUGCCACUGCUUCGUUUUUGUUUCAUUUUAAAGUAUUUAAAAGAAAAAAUAAUUGCCUAAUUAAUUUCCUAUAAAAACAAAUUAAAACAGAUUGCGAGCUGCUUAACUGAAAUAACCAGGCCGUGAAAACUGGCUGGGGAGCUCUUGAUGGGUCUGUGGAGGGCAUUGUGGUGUUUGCAGGGCUGUGAGGAAUUCAUGCUUUGUGGGCACCUGCAGGCAGCUCAAUGUCAGCAAAACCUUUCAGCUUUUGCUGUGAUGUAGUCACCAUUUGGGGAGGAGGAUGUGAACCUGGAGCAUCCCUCAGGCUGCCCAGCAGGAAGGGACCUCCAGUUCUACAUUGCAGGGUUGUCACCAGCACAGCCCUGCUUCUGCUUCCUCUCCGCUCCCUAUUGGAGCUGCAGAGUGGUGUGGUUCCACAUUUCCCCCCCUCAUGCUGCUGGCUCACUGCUGAGCGCAGCCAGGUGCACACAGCUUUAAUGAGGAUUUGUUCCGCCUGAUUUCUUCCAUCAUAGGGAAAGGAGCAAACAGGUGGAGGGCUGUUCAGCAGGUCACAGGAUGAUGGGAAGGAAAGAACUCCCUUGCAGACCAUGGAGAUGACUCCCCAGCCUGGCAUGGUUCUGCUAUCAGUGUUUCUGAUUAGGCUGAUUGUGCUGCACUCAGUGUCCUGGACAGAGAUAAGAGGGAGGAUGCUCUGUGCUGUCCCCAUUCUGGUGUCAUCAGUCCUGUGGCCAUACGUGUUCCUUUUUUCCAACCCCGUUACUGUUCCUGUUCCCCCCCAGCAGAGCCUACAGUCCCAUAGUGUUCUCACUUGCAUCCAACUGGGCAUCUUGCAGAGGCAAAGUGCAGAGCCGUCUGCAACAUUUUGACUUGCCUUCAGCCCUGUUGGUGCAGGUAAAGCUCUGCAGAGCAGGGCGGGAUGCAUUCAGCUGUUUCCCACCCUGUGUGCACAGCAAAGUGCCUGUCCUGGGAUUGACUUCCAGAUAGGCACCCGCAGGUGCUGGGCACUGUGGUGCAUGGGCUGUGCUUUGCUCCACGUGUGCCUAAGUGGGAGGGCAAGCUGGGCUGGAGCAGCUCUGAGCUCCGGAAGGAGCUGCAGGUGUCCCUGUGCCUUGCAGCGAGUUGAACCAGAUGGCCUUAAAGGUCCUUCCUACCGUUCUGUGAUCUAGAGCUGACCCUUCAGGAUGAGCUGCGCCAGGUGCUGUGCAGCCCAGGUCAGCACUUUGUGCCGGGACUGAUUGCAGCGCAGGGUUGGAUCGAUCUGCACGAGCUGCAGCUGCUAUAAAAGGGCCAAGGCUGUGUGUGCUGCAGGGCUCUGUGCCUGGCACGGAAGCUCCGUGUCAGCAGCAGGCGUGGGUGCAGGCGCAGAGCCACAGCGCCGGGUGAGUGUGCUGUGAAUUGAGGCUGGAACAUGUGUUUUCUUGGGAAUUACGGCGCGGUUGGCAGGUGGUGGGACUCGCUGCUGUUGGAUCUGAUGUGUUGUUUGCCAAACAGCAUUAAGCGCGUUAUCUCUGCUCAGCAGGUAUGGUUUCAAAGCUGGCAUGUGUCUGUUCUGGGGAAGGUAAGUAUUAAUACCUGGAAAUGUAUGCAUUAGGGAGCUGAUCCAGCGGGAGGAAGGCUCGGUGCAUCGCAGUGCCUGCGCUGAAAUCUGCUGGCUGCCCUUCUGGGUGCCGGUGUGAGCGCAGGAGGAGCACUGCUGGGAGAGGUGCUGCCUCCAGCACAUGCAAACAAGCUGCUAUUGUGGGCUGUGUUAUAAAUAUCUGGCUCUUACAGCGGCAGCUUUAAUGAACGGAGCGACUUGCCACUGUUUGUGCUGAUUGUCGCGUGGGCUUUGUUUGUUACCCCCAUUAAGAGGUGAAAACCCAACAACCGCCGCGUCCUCCUGUCCUUCAGAGCCACUGCAGUGCUGGGACUCCGGAGGUGACGGGGCAGAGAAUCGUAGCAAACAACACUUUUCUCUGGCUUUGAAAUGAAAAAUGGCAGCGGAUCUGACAGCCCGUGGCCUUUUGCAGAGCGCCAUAAAAUCUCAGCUCCCAGCUUUGUCUCGGUGCAGCGUUAGGAGCUAUUUAUUGGCGCGUAUUUCAUGGUGAUGAUGGCAUGCUUUUAUUGCUGUCUGCAGGCGUGUGACGCCGGCGGGUCGCCUCUGGGACAUCGCUUUGGGACGGCUGUGCCUCACGGUGCUUUUUCUUCUUCCAGGUGUGCCAUGGCUGACACGAUUUUUGGCAGUGGGACGGGCCCCUGGGUGUGCCCCAAUGACCGGCAGCUGGCUCUGCGUGCCAAGCUCCAGACAGGCUGGUCAGUGCACACGUUCCAGACAGAGAAGCAGAGGAAGAUGCAGGCUCUGAGCCCACAGGAGCUUGAGGUCAUUCUGGAAGUCAUCCGCAAGGCGGAGAAGCUGGACGUUGUGGAGCAGCAGCGCAUCGGACGCCUGGUGGAGCGGCUGGAGAACAUGAGGAAGAACGCGAUGGGCAACGGCCUGUCGCAGUGCUUGCUGUGCAGUGAGCUGCUGGGGCUGCUGGGGAGCACGUCGGUUUUCUGCCAGGAUUGCAAAAAGAAAGUUUGCACCAAAUGUGGCAUCGAAACCUUUGGAGCCCAGAAACGUCCUCUUUGGCUGUGCAAGAUCUGCAGUGAACAGAGAGAGGUCUGGAAGAGGUCCGGCGCAUGGUUUUACAGAGGGCUGCCCAAGUACAUCACACCUCUGAAGAGCAGCAGCAGAGCUGGUGAGGUGCCCUCGCAGCCCUGGCAGAGCGAGGCUGCUGUGCUGGAGGCAGGGAGCGUGGGGACGGGCCGCUCCUUCACCUGGGCCAGGGGCAAAGGUUGGUCGUGUGCUCCUCGAGAUCGGCGAAGAGUGGAGGCCUUGGGAGGGGGCUGAGAUUUGCAGCCGAGUUGUUCUCUACGUGCACUUUGGAAAAGCUGUUGAUUAACUUAGCCCUGUGCAGGGCUGGGGCCGGAGCACUGACAAGCCUGAAGAUUUAUCAGCUCCAGCACUCCCAUCCUUGUUCUUUGAGGUAGACCUUGAUUGAAGUAGACCGAUGUAUCACAUGUGGCAUCUUGGAUCGCUGCCCUAUCGGAUCCCAUUCACAGCACUGCCUUGUAGGGCCUUUCCCCCCCCUCGCUUCCAUCUGUCCGCCCUGUCAUUGCUCAUACACCCACUCCAGUGCUGUGCCUGGAGUCAGCUGGGGGGAAGCAGCACGGCAUUGAGGAGCUGAGCAUUCAGGGUCAUUAGCACAGCGGUGGAUGGAUGCUGCCGAAUUAAAGCUGCUGCCAGUCUGCUUUGAUUUCUCUUCAUUUCUUGCUGGUGUGCAUUAACAGAUCUGGCUGGCCUGUCUCCCCUUCUGUCUUUUGCUAUUAGGCCCCUUCAAUUGGAGAAGACCUCUCUGGUGUACCGACAGCGUACGCUCUUCCACAUCAAGCUAAAUCUUAUCAGUGUUGCAGGGGGAAAUAACCUUUUAAUAGACAGGGCUCCGGAGGAUCAGGUUUACAAGGCUUUUUUUUAGGCUCCAGCUAGGAAAGCACUCCCAACCCAAUUGUAACUUUUGUAAUUAAAGGCAAAUUAGAUCAACAAUAGAUGGUUGUGCUUCCCUCCAGGAGACACUUGGAAGGGGCUGUUUUAGCAAAUGAACUGAUUGAUGAGGCAUUCUCUGUGCACAUGAUGAAGAAAACACCACGAGUCAAAGAUCUGGAGCCCAGACUUGUCCUGAGUAAUAGCUGAGCCUUGUUUUGGGGGAAUGCCUUCCCAUGCAUGGUGGCAGGUGCAGGUGGGGACAACACAGCUGCCCUUGGUAAGCUUUGGUGUGAGUGUUGAGAUGUCUUUCUUGCUGUGCUACAAGUUUUGGCUGGCUGCUGUUUUAAAUACUGAUUUAUGGGUUUAUUUUAUGGUGUUUUCUUCCCUUAUUGCCCUUCUCUCCUAGGCUGCCUAUCUUCUGGAUGGCUUCCAGAGGAUGUUGGUGGCUGUAAUUCAUCCCUGGGAUAUGCAAGCUGGGAGGUUGUACAUUCUACCUCUUCUUUGCACCUGCCAGAACUGGGACUUCUGCUCUUUGGCUGUGAUGAGCAGGGCAGGCUUUCUUCUCAAUGUGGAUGUGAUGUAGCUGUGUAACCAGCAGUAGGAGAAGUAAUGGCCUCAUGUUGCACUAGGGAGGCUCAGGUUGGAUAUUAGGAAAAAGAUUGGUGCUGCAGUGGCACAGCUGCCCAGGGAGGUGUUGGGAUCCCCAUCUCUGGAGGUGUUCAGGAACUGUGGGGAUGUGGCACUGAGGGACAUGGUCAGUGUACAUGGCGGGGUGCUUGGUGUUGGACCUGGGGAUCUGAGGGGUCUUUUCCAACCUUAACGGUUAUAUGAUGUCCCCUGGCAAGCCCAGGAGAGAGGAGCAGCGAUGUCCCUCCACAUGCAGCCUUUCAGCAGGGGCAGGACGACACUUAAGUGCCUCUUUCUGGGGAAGUAAUCAUUGAGGGGUUCAGGAACUCCCCACUGUGCCUGCUGCACAGGACUGAGGAACUGCAGGAAUGUGCCUAAUGGGAGCAGAGCCAGCCCACCAGGAAGAAGUUUUAUUUUUAUACAUCCAUUAUUUCUCUCGCGCUCGCUAAUGCUGGGAUUUGCCAUUGCCUUGAGUUUUUCUGUAAUAAACAAGCAGUUGCCAUGGGAACCCUGCUAUUAGUUAAGGCACAAAUGUAUUGUCGUGGGGAGAAUAGCAGGAAUAUUUCUGGUGCUGGGGAGCAGCUCUGCUCCAUGCGGUGGAAUGUGGGUGGGAUUCUGCACCGGGUCAGGCGGGACGGGGAGCAGCCAGCAGCAGGGCUCUGAGCUCUGAGUUCUGCAGGAGGAUGGGAAGCAACUGCGUGGAAAUAGGAAAAUAAGGAAGCGUGAUCCCUAAGCCGUUGCACUGCUUGGCACAAGGACUGCGUGCAGCCACGCUCAUGCCAGAUGCGUGCAUUUAACACAAGAGCUGAACCCCAACUUAGUGCUCCCUUCUCUGGGUGCUGCCUUCCCAGCCCAGCUGUCCCCAUUGCUCCCUGUGCUGCUGGAGGCUGAGCUGUGUGAUGGAGGGAGUUGUUCCACAAGUGACCCGGCCCUGUGGGGAUAUUGCUUUUGCUGCAAGCUGGAUUUUGGCUUUUUAGGAUUUUUUAUUAUUAUUAUUAUUUUUAUGAGCUUUUUUUCCCAUCAGCUGGAGAUGGAGAGGAAUAAAUCUGUUACGUUUUCUAUAAGUACAGCCAUCAAAUGACUCAUUGAUAUAUCAGCAACUGCUGGAAGAGCAGAUUUACGACUUCUGGGCUCUGGGAAGUGCCAAUAGAAGGUCUGGGAGCUUUGGGAGAAAAAUUACCUUAAAGGGAAACAACAGUGCAGUGGGUAAAACACAUUUCUAUUGGGAGCAAAGGAAAUGAGAGCGGGCAGGGCUGCUCCUGUGAUGCAGGUUCCUCCUUGUCAUUAAUAUCUUUCUCGUGCUGGAUCACUCUGAACUGCUGAGUGGCAGAAGGGUAGGCAGCUAAAGUCACCUCCAUUGAUUCAUUGGGGCCUUAUCUAAAUAAAUCCUGACUUCCAGCAUUUUUUAAAAGAAUCACGGAGGAAGGAGCUGUUGGGAAGCAAUGGGUGUUGUGAAUUCUGGGGCA